UGUGUAGCGGUUGCCACUCUCUUUUUAGGCGCUCUAUCGCUUUGUGGACUUUUCCACACACAAUAAUUGUUGAAUUAAAAUUGGCUGGCAACACGAGAACAUGUCGUUGAACGAUAAGGAGUUUAAAAGCUCAACAAGAAACUGGACGCAACCCUUGAAUUCAAUUGUUUUCGGUUUUGCUGAUGAACAAGCUGCUAAAUUGCUGAACGAAGAAGGAGCGGAUUUGUCGCAGCUGUCUUUUUUGAAUCUUGGCGAACUUGAACCUGAAGUAGCCGCACUGCUUAAAGGAGAACAAGCGGAAACGAAUGAAAACCAAAUAGAAGAUUUCUAUGGAACACAAGGCAGUUAUACUGCACAAGCUGUUCAAGUAGGCGAAGAAGACGUAGGAGAGGAUGAACUAGAUGUUGAAGAUGGUUUUUCUCUCAAACACAACGAAAACCCCCUUGUUUUGGACACAAAAGGAGUUUCCUUGGCUGGAGACGAAUAUGACUUUGAGUCUGAUGAAGAUGGUGAGCAAGUCUUCAGGGAGCAGAACGUUUCCUCACCAGGACCCCAGAUGGACAAACAAGUCAAUCAGGAUGAACCAAAAGUCAAGAACAAAAACCUCCAGCAAAAGAAACAAUUGUCCAAAACAAAAGUCCUUCCGAAGAAACUCAAUUCGAACGACUUUAAUGAAAGUGAAAAUAUUUAUCGAAAGGGUUGGGUCAGGUUCUCCGAAAUUUUUGACAUUCCACAAGAAAAGCAAAGAAAGAGAAAAAAGAGAAGAGAGUUUCUUUUUGGUAGGAAAGACUCACAACAUUCUGGAAAGUAUGGACGUACGCAAGGUCACUUUGCUGGUACUGUACAGAAUAUGGAUAUUGUAUCCAAAAUAGUGGAAGAUGACUUGGAAAACAACAGUUCGUUUCUAAACUGGAAUAAGUUGUGGGGUUCGAAGACUGUCUAUAACACGCAGGAAACAAAAAUGGAACCUUUUCCGGAUGAUUUACUAUCGGACCAUUCUGUUUUUGCUGUCGAACUGAGGAAUUGGGAAGAUGAGAUAGAUUGGGACUUUUCGACACUUACAAAAGAAAACGAUGAUAAUGACGAAGAUGUGGAAUGGGAAUUAGCGGACGAAGACUCGAACACUGACAAAGUUUUGGUACAAGACGACACAAACCCCAUUAACGUUGAUUCAAAGGACAAGGUUAUGAAAGAUUCAGUUGAAGGCGUCAAGGAAACGAAGGACAACAGGGAUGGCAUUGUUAAGGCUCCUUUAGUGGCUAACCCACUUUUAGACAAUUCUUUCUGGUUGGACGACGACCUUUUAAGAGUUUGUGAUGCAAUUGAAGGCAGCGUUGGUGGGAAUGUUUCACUAUCACAUCUUAUUGUGAACUUGAAUGAUAGCGAUAUCAUAUUUGAGUCAUGGGAAUCGACAAAUUCAAAGAAACGUUAUGAAAGUGCAUCUUCAAACUCGCUGUGGCGUGACGAUGCCAUAUCAUUUAACGUUUCCAAAGAUGAGUUUUAUGAUUCUCCAGACAAGUUGAUUCGGCACUUUGUGUCUCAUGGUAUUGGAAAGUUGGAACAUGCGUCUUUCUGGAAGCAAGGUGUUUUCUUGCCACGUUUACCUACUGAUGUGAUGAUUGAGCAUUUUCAUCGCCCUAAACUAGAGAUUCCUUCCAAUCUCCGGAAUACGCCUUUGUCGUUAUUCUAUCCUUGUGUUGGUCAGGAAGAAAUUACCACCAAUUCCUUGAACUCGUUUGAAAGUUUUUCAAAAUGUGAAUUAUCACAAAACGUUAUUUUAUUAGAAUAUGGUUUGGAACAUACUCCUGUUCUUGUACCUUUACCUGGCAUGGCAUCAAGAUUGGUAAAAUAUACUCGUCUUAAAACAGGAGACACAAAGACCAAGGAAGACGGUCACUUCUCUACCAACUUCUUUCACAAUGUUUAUUUAGCUCCAGACGAACCACCACCCUUAUGUUCUGGUGAUGUAAAACCAGGACAGUCCGUUACUAUCCUGGAAUCCUCUCUUUUCCUAGCUCCUGCCGAAAUAUUGACUCCUAGGAAGACUGAUUUCCUACUAACUAUGAAACGUGUAGAUAACAACUCAUACUCUUGUUUUAUUAGAAAGAUUGAUCAUGUGAUAACAGUUGGUCAAACGGAACCUCGAAUGAAUGUUAUGGCACCCAAUACUGAUCGGUUUCGAAAAUUUGUCAGAGAUCGUGUUUUACUAUACGUCGUUCUUGAAUGUCUUCGAAUUCGUAGGGAAGGCUUGCCAUUGGAACUGAGUCGUGCUCAAGUCGACGAAGAGUUUUUCAGACAUAGUUUUCCUAGAAGUGCUGUUGAGAGGACAAUCAAAGAAUUAGCAUAUUUAGAGAAAGGAGUAUUUAAGGUGGUUGAACCGAAAGAAGGAUUUGAAGUCCUUCGUGAUAUGUUACUCAAGAGUGUAACACCGGAAGUGUUGGCAUCGUAUGAAUCUAUGGAAUAUGGAUGGUCUAUUAUUCAACAAGUGGGCAUUCAUAUGUUUACUCAUCCCACAGCUCAUGGUGAUUUAAUCAAUGCUGGAGAAAAGGCAGGUACUGCUGAUGGAAAGGAGGUGGCAGAUUAUAUUAGAAGAAAUCUUUACAGAACACCUUGGUAUCGAGCAGAAGAAAUGAUCAAGUUACAGAAGAAGCAACUUCGCGAAAUCAAUCGCUGCCUUUCUCGCGCGUCAAUCGGAAAUGACUUGAUGAACGAAAAGAAUUUGGAUUCACGAAUUGGUGCAAUGACUUAUCCUCAACUACGCAGUGCACUCAUAUUUCAUUUUCAUAUUCCUGGUCGAAAAAUUCCAACAAAUGUCGAUCAUGCUAGAGAAAUGGUGAGGAGACUAGCUCGUAGGAGAGCAGCCCAUGGGUUCAAAGAGAAACACAAGGCUAUCGUCGAAUAUCAUCGAGCUAUCAUAGAUGGCUUCAAGAGGUUUGAAAGUACUCGAAAACGAGCUGGUUUAGUUCCUAUAGAAGAUCAAAUAUUGGCAUUAAGAGAUGGAAGGUUGGACAGAGUGAACUCCUUUAUGGAACGAUUUAGGCGCUCUAUUCGUUCGGUGCGAAAAGGAGCUAUAGCCGCAAGUAUUCACUCAGAUUCCAAACAAGGUCCUCAUUCUGGAGAUGAUGAAAAGAAGGCUUUAGAAGAUUUAUCAAAAGAACGUUUCCUGGGACCAAAAAGACUUCCAAACUUACCGGAACAAGUUGCUUUGGUUAGAAAACGGAAGGAUCCAGUAACAGGUGAAAUCCACAAAGUACGAGAAAUAAUAACGGAUCCUGAACGCAUUCAAGAACUGCUAAUCAAACGCAAGCAGAGAAGUCGGAACAAUAAUGUUGGAGAAGAUAAUCAGAAGGACAAUCUAAAGUUGAACGUUUCAUUGAAGAAGUUGGCUCGAGGUACAAAGGUCGCAAGAUCUGAGAAACGGCAAAGGAAUGCAGAUCAAUCAAAAGCAUCAAGAGCUAGCGCUGUACCAGCUCAACGAAUUACUUUGAAGUACUCUGGUCAAAAUGUUGUCAAACAAGUUAGCGCAAGAAGCUUUCGUGAACCAUCAAAAAGGCCUCCAAGAAAGACACCCGUUCAGCAUCUUAAUGAUCUAUUCCUACACAUCGAACAACGUAUGGAAAAUGCGAGAGGAUAUAACGAAUCCGUAUUUGACCACAAUCCACAAAUUCGUAUCUUCUUAGUUACCGAAGAAACUCCUGAAGACAGAAAGCGUGUUUCCUUGAACCUCGCGAGACCUGAAGAUGAUAGUAUAGGAUUGGAUCUUGUGAAUCCUUUGGACCGCACUAAACAUAAGGAUUAUUUCAGAAUUGUGGACAAGGAAAUGAAUCUUUCCACAAUUCGGCAAAAGUGCAUCGACAGAAAAUACAGAGAUGUCAAGGAGUUUAUUGCGGAUAUUGAUUUGAUGUUACAUAAUGCGGAAGCAUUUCAUUCAGAUAAACCGUCCUAUUGGAUAAUACAACAUGUGGAGUUAUUGAAACAAGUUGCUGAACAAGAAGUUCACAAAUAUCAAAACGAAUUAUCACAAAUUUACGAUCGAAUUCAAAAUGGAAGGAAAGGUAAGCAGCAACGCCAAAGGUUUGCAAAUGCUGAAUGUGGAGUAGCCGAAAAGCGACGUCGACAAAGAAAAGCAGAGUUAGCUCAUCGUAAGGCUGCAGAGGAAGCCAGAUUUCUACAGAAUAGUAUGCAGGCGAAUAGUUCAGGUGAACCAGCUUCUUAUUCCGCAGAAGGUUUAGAGCUAGAACGUAAGACAGAGGAGUUGAAUGAUAAUGAAUCUGUACAUAUGAGUAGCAAUCAUAUUUAUGAGGAAGGAGGAAAUGAGCAAGAAAGUGGUUGGGAAGAAAGAGAAUCAUGAGUGUUCAUUGGAUGGACACUAUGGAAAGACGAAUCAACAACUAUUAGUUUUUCGUCUUGUUUGUAGUCUCAAAGUUAGUGAGAGGAGACGGGUGUAUAUUAAUUCAACUGUAUUUGAGACGCCUAUAUUUUUGUGAGUAUCCGUUGUGACAAUAUCUGUACUACUCUAAUGUAUGUAAGUUUGUCUUAUUUUAAAAUCGAUGAACUUUUAUUGGGUCAUUUUGACUCGUUUAGUGUGUUAUCAGAACGCGUUAUUACUAGUGUACUAUAAAGUUGGGUUUCCCCUA